AUGCAGAUGUUUAUUCUGCUUGCGAUGCUGGGGCUGACGACACCCAUGCCACAGUACUUUAACCCAGUCCCCGCCCUGCCACACCCAGGCCACGACGAUGCUGCUCCCGCCCUGCUCCGUACUCGACAUGUCAUACCACAGUCCAGCACCUCUCCAGCCGGCUCCAAGGCUUCAUCCCACGUACCACGCACUGCCUCCAUUCCCUCCUCCAUCGUGCUGCCUGACGUGAAGGCCAUCGUGGCUCGCGUCGCACGGGAUAACUCUUUCCAGGCUUCUUCCAGUACAGAUGACACAAUCGUACCUUCAGAUUCAACACACUCAACUAACUCUGCCACACACUCAGCCCCUAACCCUGGCAGUCAAUUACCCCCCAUCAUUGAAACACACUCAGCCACAGCCUCAAUCCCUGUCUCCUUCGCACAUUUAGACCCUACCCUUGCCACACACUCAUCCCCUGGAAAACAAUCAACAAAACCUGUCAUGCACUCACUAGACCCUGCCCCUGGCGAACCUUCAGCAGACCCUGCCCCUACCAAACCAUCAGCAGACCCUGCCACUGCCAAACCAUCAGCAGACCAUGCCACUGCCAAACCCCCAGCUGAUCCUUCCCCUGCCAAACCCCCAGCUGAUCCUGCCAAACCCCCAGCUGAUCCUUCCCCUGCCAAACCACAGCUGAUCCUGCCCAUGCCAAACCACCAGCUGAUCCUGCCCCUACCAAACCCUCAACUCUCAGCAAACCUUGCCCCUGGUCCUGCCAAAGCCACAGAAGAUCCUAACCUCGCCAAACCCUCAGCAGGCUCUGCCCCUGCUAAAGAGUUAGCAGACCCUGCCCAUGCCAAACCCUCAGCAGAGUCUGCUCCAGUCAAACAGUCAGGAGACCCUGCCCCUGCCAAACCCUCAUCAGACUCUGCCCCUGCCAAAGAACCAGCAGACACUGCCCCUGCCAAACCCUCAUCAGACUCUGCUCCUGCCAAAGAACCAGCAGACACUGCCCCUGCCAAACCCUCAGCAGACCCUGCUCCUGCCAAACAGUCAUCAGACAAUGCCUCUGCCAAACCCUCAGCAGACCCAGAGUCAGCAGACCCUGCCCCUGUCAAGCCUUCAACAGAACAGUCAGUAGACACUGCCCCUGCCAAAGAGUCAGCAGACCCAGCCCCUGCCAAAGAGUCAGCAAACACUGCCCCUGUCAAGCCCUCAGUAGACCCUGCCCCUGCCAAACAGUCAGUUAACACUACCCCUGCCAAGCCCUCAGCAGAAUCUCCCCCUGCCAAACAGUCAGUAAACACUGCCCCUGCCGAGCCCUCAGCAGAGUCUGCCCCUGCCAAACAGUCAGUAAACACUGCCCCUGCCAGGCCCUCAGCAGAGUCUGCCCCUGCCAAACAGUCAGUAAACACUGCCCCUGCCGAACCCUCAGCAGAGUCUGCCCCUACCAAACAGUCAGUAAACACUGCCCCUGCCAAGCCCUCAGCAGAGUCUGCCCCUACCAAACAGUCAGUAAACACUGCCCCUGCCAAGCCCUCAGCAGAGUCUGCCCCUACCAAACAGUCAGUAAACACUGCCCCUGCCGAGCCCUCAGCAGAGUCUGCCCCUGCCAAACAGUCAGUAAACACUGCCCCUGCCGAGCCUUCAGCAGAGUCUGCCCCUGCCAAACAGUCAGCAGACACUGCCCCCGCUAAGCCCUCAGCAGACUCUGCCCUCGCCAAACAGUCCGUAAACACUGUCCUUGCCAUGCCCUCAGCAGAAUCUGCCCCUGCCAAACCGUCGGUAAACCCUGCCCCUACCAAAGACUCAGCAGACCCUGCCCCUGCCAAACCCUCACCAGAUCCUGCCCCUAGCCUUGCCAAAGAGUCAGAAGACACUGCCUCUGCCAAACCAUCAACUAAUCUUGCCCCUGCCAAACCCUCAAAAGACCCUGUCCCUGCCAAAGAGUCAGCAGAACCUGCCCCUGCCAAACAGUCAGUAGACACUGCCCCUGCCAAGCCCUCAGCAGAUCCUGUCCCUGUCAAAUCCUCAACAAACCCUGCCCCUGCCAAAGACUCAGCGGGCUCUGCUCCUGCCAAAGCCACAGCAGACCCUAACCCCGCCAAACCCUCAGUAGGUUCUGCCCCUGCCAAAGAGUUAGCAGACUCUGCCCCUGCCAAACCCUCAGCAGAGUCUGUCCCUGUCAAACAGUCAGGAGACCCUACCCCUGCCAAACCCUCAUCAGACCCUGCCCCUGCCAAACCCUCAGCAGACCCUGCCCCUGCCAAAUCCUCAGCAGACUCUGCCCCUGCCAAAUCCUCACCAGACCUGCUCCUGCCAAAGAGUCAGAAGACACUGCCUCUGCAAAACCAUCAACUGAUCCUGUCCCUGCCAAACCCUCGAAAAACCCUGUCCCUGCCAAAGACAAACCCUGCCCCUACCCCUGCCAGAGAAUCAAUUGACACUGGCUCUGCCAAAUCCUCAACACACCCUGUCCCUGCCAAACCCUCAAGAGACCUUGCCCCUGCCCCUGUCAAAGAGUCACUAGACCCUGUCCCUGUCAAACUAUCAGCAGACAAUAUCCCUGUCAAAGAGUCACCAGACCCUGCCCCUGUCAAACAGUCGGCAAACCCUGCCCCUGCCAAACAGUCAAAUCUUUCCCCUGGUAAGAACUUGGCAGACCCUGUCCCUGCCAAAGACUCUACAAAACCUGAACCUGUCACACACACAAAACAACCUGUCCCUGCCAAACAGUCUGGCCCUAUUCCUGCUAAACACUCGGCAGACCCUGCUCUUGCCAAACACUCAGAUUCUGCCCCUGCCAAACACUCAGGCCCUGCCCCUACCAAACACUCAGACUCUACCCCUGCCAAACACUCAGGCCUUGCCCCUGCCAAACACUCAGACUCUACCCCUAACAAACACUCAGACCUUGUCCCUGCCAAACAUUCAGACACUGCCCCUGCCAGACACUCAAACCGUGCUCCUGCCACUUCUAAACACUCAGACCCUGCCCCUGUCAAACAAUCAGCUAUCCCUUCCCCUGCCAAACACUUAGCCAUAGUCCCUGCCACUGUUACACACUCAAAACACGGUCCUACAUCACACUCAAGAACAUCCUCUAACAGACACUCAGUCCCUGCCCGUGCCCCUGCCACUAACAGACGCAAAUUCAGAGUUCCAGACCCUGCCAGGCACAAAAUAUUCUCAGCCACAGACUUAACUAAACAUUCAGCUUUUAACCCUGCCUCACGUCCAGCCUCAUCAUCUGCCCGAUCCCGUACCCCUGCCACACACUCAAACCCUACGCACGUCCCUAUUCUCCUCGACAAACGGACGCAUGAAGUAACAAGCAACCUCACAACCUUCUCCUACCAUGUGGUCGGCGGGGACGGCACGAGGGUCAGCGCGGCAGGGAGCGGCGGCCCCUUCACCCCAUUGGAGAUUGUCGGCAAUUACUCCUAUCCAAUGGAUGACGGCAGACAUUUCCAACUGCGCUACACGGCGGGCGUGGGGGGCUUCCACCCCGUGUACUCCAUAAGGCGUCGUUACAGAAGCCGAAGGUAGCGGUGAUCAUGUCCAUUGUUGGGAUGUCCACUCGCUUUGACUCAGCGGCACAGGUUUCGGGACACCAGCACACUUUGGAUCGCACGGACGCUCACUGUGGGUAGGGGUGAGAAACGAAAGUCUAUUGUUAAAAUAUUCACGAAAAUUA